UGGAAGAGACUCUCUCGCUUCCUUCUCCUGCCGCAGCCCUAGAAAAUUUUUCCCCUCCCCGUAGCGAAACCCUAGCCGCCACGCCAAAAACCAAAUCCCGCCGCGCCCGAAAAUUUCCGGUGGGUUCCUUGCCGCGAAUCGAUCGAUUUCGAGCGAUUCGCGGUUGAUUAGGCCGGCUUUGCCGCCAAUCCUUGUGAUCCCUCGGCGGGGUAGAGCGCGGUCGACCGUCGACCAUGUCGAGGUGCUUCCCCUACCCGCCGCCGGGGUACGUGCGAAACCCAGUGGCCGUGGCCGUGGCCGAGGCGGAGUCGACCGCUAAGCUCCAGAAAGAAAGGGAAAAGGCCGAAAAGAAGAAAGAGAAAAGGAGUGACAAGAAAGCUCCCCAGAAGGGUGAGACGUCUAAACAUUCAAAGCACAGCCAUAAGAAGAGAAAGCUUGAAGAUGUCAUCAAAGUUGGGCAGGAUCCCAAAAGGGAAUCCAAAGAAUCAGUUGAGCAGUUGGAGAAGAGUGGACUCUCAGAAGAGCAUGGAGCUCCUUGUUUUGUACAGACGAUCCGCGACUCUCCUGAGAGUUCACAGGACAGCAGCAAGAGGCGAAAGGUUGUCCUGCCCAGUCCUAGCCAAGCUAAGAAUGGGAACAUCCUUCGCAUCAAGAUUAAAAGUAAUCAAGAUUCCCAAUCAGCUCUUUCGGAGAAACCAAUGGUUCCUGAGCAGCCAUUGGUCCGACAAAUGGGAUCAGGCUCGUCCCUGUUGGGCAAGCAAAAUUCUAUCCAUCAUAAGGUGAAUGUGAGAUCUACAUCUGCUCAGCAGAGGGUAACUGGUGACUCCCAAGCAGUACAAAAAUGUAUUAUUACAGAAAGUCUGGCAAAGACCAUGCAGAGAGUUGUUCCCCAGCCUGCAGCGAAGGUCACACAUCCGGUUCAUCCCCCGUUGUCUGUUAAGGCGCCAGUUGGAAGAUCUGACCUACCUCCAAAGUUUUCGGGAAGUGUGGCGUCUUCACCUGCUGGAGUGAUGGGAAGAUUUGAUCCUCCACCUGUUAAGAUGGUGUCACAGGGAGUUCAGCGUCCAGCUUCCAUGGUGUCACAGAAAGUUGAUCCUCAGUUAGCGAAGGUGUUACAGAAAGAAACGAGAUCUGCUGUUUGCCUACCAGACGCCCCGCAGCCUCCUGUUCUGCAAAAACCCAAGGACUUGACUGUUCUCAAGCAGCAGGAUCUCAUCACCUCUUUGCCAAAAGAAGAGCCUUGCUUCUCUGGUAGAAGUGCAGAAACAGUUCAAGUGCAGGAUACUAAGCUCUCCCGGUCAGAUCGGAAGAAAAUCCGCAAAGCUGAGAAGAAAGAAAAGAAGUUCAGAGAUCUGUUUGUUACCUGGAAUCCGAUAUCGCUAGAGAAUGAAGGUUCAGAUCUUGGUGAUCAAGAUUGGCUGUUGAGCAGUACAAGGAACUCUGAUGCUAGCAUGGCUCAAUGCAAAUCAACUGGUGGUGUAGGGCCGAUCCAUCCAAUGGUGCAGCAGCAGCCUUCUUUGCAACCCAGGGCCACUUUUCUGCCGGACCUUCAUAUGUACCAGCUGCCAUAUGUCGUACCAUUUUAAACAUCUGUCGAGGUAGAUGAGAAUUAGAUGAGAUGUUGGGAGAGAGCUGUGUGGAUGUGGGAGAUAAUGGUUCCCUGCCGCAGUUUUCCAGCUUUGUUCCAAUCGUGUUUGUUUGAGGCCAAUAGAGUUCUGGCAAAACUUGUAAUGUUCGUUAAUUAUUUCGCACGUUUAUGUAAGCAGUUGAACUGCAAAAGCUUAACUGUUACUGUUGUAUGACACGCAGUAUUUGUUCUAUCCUUAAUCUCUUUUAUUUGUAUAUAUGAAUGGAUUAAUUGCAGCAA